AUGCCGGGUGGUUUUGGGUCCUUGGAGGAGAUGCGGAAGAAGGAGGAGGAGGACAAGAAAAACACCAACAGCUACGUGGGUGGAGAUAAAAGUGGCUUGGCGGUGGAGCACCCGGACUCGAACAAAGACCACUUCCAGCGCAUGCAGCAGCUCGCGUCGAGUAGCGGCCAAUCAGGCCCGCUCCCUUCGGAUCACCGAGAAGUCACGGUCUACCGCAAUGGCUUCACAGUGGGAGAUGGACCUUUCCGACCCCUUUCCGACCCACUGAACAAGAAGUUCAUGGACGAGAUGGCUGCAGGGCGCUGCCCGGCCGAACUGCAGGCAGGCUCGGACCAGCCUGUGCACGUCGCUGUACACGACAAGCGCGGAGAGGACUACAAGGAGACGAGUUCAAGACUUUUCUAA